AUGGAGGAAGAGGCUGUGAGUAUCAAGACGUGUGUCCUGUGGAUUCCGCGCGGUGUAGCGGCAGAGAAACCGUCUGUGGUCGACGUGGCUGAGGAUCAACUGACGACAGCGGGUGCAGGCAAGAGGGCGGACCGGGCUUCGGUGGAGAUUGCUUCGGAUGGCGCAAGCCAGGACCAAGACCAGAGUCAGGCUGCCUCGGCGGCUUGUCAAGACGCGUUCGAGAAGGAGUUCCGGAUGGACGGCUACGACCGGGAGGAAGCGGACGGGUCGAACUGGUUUUCGACUACGAAGAAAGACCUGGAGUUGAUGGCGAAGGCGGACCCGUACUUGGACCCGAAGGAGUUGGCGGCGAUGGAGGCGGAGAACGCCGUAGACUUGCGGAUCGACGCGAAGAAGGACUUGCCAUUGGUGCUGGGUUCGGUGGAGGGCGGCGACGACUGCACGGUGGAGACGUAUUUGUACGACGAGGAGGCGGCGGAGAGUUAUACGCACCAUGCGAUUGUGAUGCAGGCUUUUCCGUUGUGUAUGGAGUACCUGCCGAUUUUCGGACACAAGCGGAGACGGCAGUACAUCGCAGUGGGCACAUUUUUGCCGGUGAUUGAGAUUUAUAAUAACGACCGCAUCAACCAGUUAGAACCAGACUUCGUGCUGGACACGAAGGACUGUCACCACGACGAGGCGGUGUCCGCUCUCCAAGUCAACCCGAAGCAGCCGCAUAUCUUGUUGUCGCUUUCGCACGACCGUAGCGCGAUCCUCUGGGACCUGGCGACCAAACAGCCCCUCAAGAAGCUCUCGGCUUUGGCCGAGGACAAAAUCAACUGCGGCCAGUGGCAUCCGGAGGGGCACGUUUUCGCCUGCGGGUCCGAAGACGAGACCAUCCGCAUCGUGCACGCGGCUUCUGGUCGUAGUUCCGCUGUUCAGGUCGGCGAAGUGGUUGAGUCCCUCACCUGGCUCCGCGGGCAACCCAACUUGCUCGUGGCAGGCGCUUCCGACGGCUCGCUCUUUGCUUAUCAUGUGGACGACCAGGCCGCCCGAAAGGUAUGGGAAACUACCGUCAGCGACUCGCCCGUACUCUGCGUAGCCGACUGCCUCAUACCCGGGCUCCUCCUCUGCGGCUGCGAAGACGGCGCUGCCUGCGUCUACGAUACUCGCACCCUUCCUUUCACCAAAGUCGCCACCAAAGACAUGCAAGCCGGACCCCUCUACCACGCACAGGCAUCCCCCGACGUGCCCUCUCUAGUCGCCUUCGCCGCCACCGAUUCCGUCAUCUGGGACCUGCUGUAUGAACAACCUGUCCGCACCGCCUUCGGACUUGCCGAACCCAACUCUGAUGAGGCACCCACCCAAACGCCCUGA